AAUGUUGAUAAUAUAGCCAAAAGAAAGCGAGAGGAAACAGCCCUUCAUUUCUCUCUCUCUCUCUCUAGAAUUUUCUCUCUCUAAAAGAAAACCCUUGCAGGCUCAUCUGUAGUCUUUUGCUUUUUCGUGUUAUUCGGCUGUCUUUCUCUCUCUAGAAAUGGAGGUUGACCCAGCGGUGUCUCUGAUGAUAGACGACAUUCUGAACUACCCGUCGGACAUCGGCGAGGAAAACGAUGACGACGACAAAACCAAAGCCCCCUCUUCUUCUUCGUUGGAAACAAACCCUAACAGCCUACACCCAGAUGAUCACAGCCGUUCAUUUCCUGAAUUCGCAGAGGAAGAACUGCCAUGGAUAUUGGACAAGGAGGCAUUCCCUGCUGUGGAGACAUGUUUCGGCAUUCUCUCUGACAACCCCGGGAUUGUAAUGGCUCAUGAGAGCCCGGUGUCGGUCCUUGAAAACAGCAGUGGCAGCAGUAACAGCAAUAGCAACAGCAGCACUAUCACAAGCUGCUGUGGCAAUGUCCAAGUCCCGGUGCACCAUCCGGUUGGUGCACGGAGCAAGCGCCGACCAAGGCGGCGAAGAGGGUUUGCAGACUUGCCCGGGCAGCAAUACUGGCGCUGGAGUAAAACAAACAUCAAGAACAUUAAACAAGAUUUGCCGACAUUACCGCCACAAAGCAGCACUACAAUUGGGAGGAGGUGCCAGCAUUGUCAAGCUGAAAAGACCCCCCAGUGGCGGGCUGGUCCAAUGGGGCCAAAAACAUUGUGUAAUGCUUGUGGGGUGCGUUACAAGUCGGGGCGCCUUGUGCCUGAGUACCGCCCUGCAAGUAGUCCAACUUUCUCUAGCGUCGCGCAUUCAAAUUCUCACCGGAAGAUAAUGGAGAUGAGAAAGCAGAAGCAGCUCGGAGGAAUGAUGGUGAAUGAAGUCUGUGGAUAUAGGGUAGGGUAGUGGUGAGGUUUUUAAUUUUUAAGAAAUUUUCUCUUUUUUUUUUAGCAUAGUUGGAAACUAGGGUUUGUUGUAAUGGGCUAGAUGCUUAGUGAACCAUAUUUGUUUUGUUUCAUCAAAAUCCACUAGGGGAAUUUUGACAUUAGUGUGUUUGGUUAUGCAUUAGAAUAGAAAACUGAAAAAAAAAAAAAAAGAAAAAAAAAGUAGUGAUUUUAGUUUUGCCCAUUAUUUAUACUGUUUCUCUGUUUUAUAUGAUUGGAGAUGAUGCAGUUUUGGCUAAUGUGGAUUGCAGAAAUGAAUGGGUUGUUGGUUA